AUGGGAAAAGGAAGGUCCAAGAAAGUACCAAAUGCUAAGAGUACCAGAUCAUCUACUCGUACCAGUUCUAGUCCAUAUGCUAGACCUAGACCCAGAAAUGCCACAAAGAAUAUUCAAGAUGAUAAUGGUGCCGAGGUGACAAGGCCUACUACAAGUACUGUUGUUAAUGGAAAUGAUAAUGUUAGUUAUGUAGAUACAGACACAGCAAAUAAUGUCAAUGAUGAAACACCAAUUUUACCCUUGGGGGCUCCAGGUAAUGUGUUUAAUGCUUCUAAUAUUGAGGGGCCUGUAAACUUUGAUUGUGGGCUUACUCCUUUAAUUGCUGCUGACGAUAGUCAGCAGAAUAGUGGAACUGUCAUUUCCACUGUUAUUAACACACCAGAUCCUGUUGAGAGUACACAUAGUAUUCUUGGAUACAAUGUACCCCUAUCAACAAGGCAAAAGAUAUGUCAGGGUGAAUAUGUGGAUUUAGCUCUUAUGCUAAGGACCACAACUAAGGAGCCUGAAAGACUCCUAUCCAUAAGUCACACUGGGGAGCUCAUUUCUAAAGAGAAGAUAUCAUCUAAGAUAUUAGAUAUAGAAAAGUGGACGGAUGCAUUUAUCAUAUUUAUGAGUAUAUACAUUUCUGCACAUCCUUGUAAAUCUCAAGAUCUUCUCAAAUAUAUGAGAUCUGUGCGCUUAGGGGCCUCUAGAUCCAAGGGUAUGGGAUGGAAAUCAUAUGACGAACAAUUUAGAUUAAGAAAAGCCGCUGACCCUACUAGCUCAUGGGGUAAGGCUCCUAUCAGAGUGUGGUGUGUUGGGUCCUCUAUAGUUAAAUGGGCCGCUACUCAUGCCCACACUCGUCCAGGAGGACUAGACCUGGGUUUACAUAAUAGGCAUAAUAUAUCCAUUUGGUGGCAAGGGUAUGGAGGUCUUAGAUUCCUGGACCUAAACCGUAAGCUAUGUUUCUUAUCCCACAUUGAAGAGAAACCACCAAAUAUUUUCAUACUUCAUUGUGGCGGUAAUGACAUUGAACACAUUAAACUUGAUCAGUUUAGAGACUUUAUUAAAACCACACUAAAAUUCUUAUAUAACAAGUACUAG